CACAAGUAAUACCCAACAAAGAAAUUCCUAUAAUGAAUGUAUGAUUUGAACACAUGGCUUCACUCUCAUUAACUAUAUCAACAAUUUCAUUGGCCAACACUCACCAAAUCAACAUCAGCCUCACAAUCCUCCAAAUUCCCCCAAAUCUCAUCCCUUCUUUACUUUAAACCUCUCCUUUUAUUAUAUUAUUAUUUCAUUUUCCCACAAAUUCCCUAUUUACCAAUCAAAACCAAAACCACAAAUUUUUCCCCAACUACAAAUCCAACCUCUCUAAUUUCUCCACUUGUACUCUUUCUUGCUGCUACUUCUUCUUCUUUUUCUUCUUCACUGUUCAAACCCCUUCCAUGGCGGACGGAGCUGGAGUAUUUUAGGGUUUGUUUUUCUUUAUUCUUUUUUUCAAGCGAGUUCGUGCGGAAGAUGGAUGUUCAUGUCACCGGUUCUUGUCUUCAUCAAUAUUCUCUUCCUCCACCGCCAUUUGAGGCUGUGGAAGCUCCGCCCCCUCAGAAAGAAGGAACCGAACAGGAACUUGACUCUCUGGUUACGAGUUUAGGUGGAUGUCGCGACGGAGAAAAAGGGUCGGAAUCGGAUGUGCAGGAGGACGACGGAGCGGAAAUGGAGGUCGCGGCCACGGUGUCGAAGAAGGAGGAGGAGGAAGGUGGACGGGAGAGGCUGAAGAGGCAUCGGCGAGAGAUGGCUGGUCGGGUCUGGAUACCGGAGAUAUGGGGACAAGAGGAGCUUCUGAAGGAUUGGAUCGAUUGCUCCGCCUUCGAUGCUUGUUUAUUUCCGACCGGAAUCGGAUCGGCGAGGGCGGCGCUGGUUGAAGAAAGACGGAGGGCCAACAAUGGCGGACUCACGCUGGAGAACAGGUGCUGAUUUUUUUUUUUUUUUUUUUUUUUACGGUGGGGUAAAUUAAUUGCAAUAAAAUGAAAAAUGAAACAAAAAAGAAAAAGGAAAUUCAUUUCCCAAGCUCUGAAUAUUAAUUUUUCCAAUAUGCGGGGGAGAUGAUUUUGAAUGGAAAAUUAUCAAACAAAACUGAAAUUCUUUUGUUUUGUC